GGCUCGCUUUCCCCUCCGCGCUGCAGCCGCAACCUGGGACCGAACGGACACCGCCUUUCCGGGGCCCCGGCGGCGCUCCGACUCCCACUUUCCUCCACCGCAGCCUCUGGCAGGGGACCCCCUUGGCGCGACGCCGCGCCCCUCCCCGGGACCGCCCCCUCGUCCCCCAGGGUGCGCGCAGUUGCUGCCCGUGCGCCCAGCCAGCUUGAGUGCCCAGGGCGGGCGGCGGUGGAGAAAACCCAGCCCGGCUUUCCCCAGCCGCGUCCCCGGCCCGCGCUGCUCCCAGCCUCCAAGCCCGUGACGUGGCGACGCCGGCUAAGACACAAAGACCGAGGCUGAGACCUCCAGGCGUUGAGGGUGAGGCCGCGUCCCGGGGCCGCUGGAGCGCAGGCGACAUGCGAGCCUGUCCCGGCUGCGCGCCGCCCCAGAGGAGUCCGAGCGCCCGCCUCAGUCGCGGCGCGCCGGCCCUGACCCGGGCUGCAGCCAGGUGGGCGCCGCGCAAGUAAGCGCAGACCCGGACCCGGGCGGCGGAGGCAAAAGCCUCCACAUCCCCGGGGUGCAACCCCGUCGCGGAAUCUGGGCUGCCGGGUGACAGUGACCAGCUGACUCUGGAGCCUCCCGGAGGCGCGGCAUCGGAAGCCGUGCCGACCACUGCCGAACAGCCGCUCCAGACCCACAGAGAGGCGUCGGCCCUGCGCCCGGGGCGCCUCGGAGAACUGACCUGAAGUUUCAGUGUAGUCAGCGAGCUUUUCAAGUAAUAAAUCAUGGAGACCAAUCAGGAAACUUCCCUCUUCUUGGUAAAGAUCUUGGAGGAACUGGACAGCAAGCAAAAUACCGUUUCUUAUCAGGACCUGUGCAAAUCUCUUUGUGCCCGGUUCGAUCUGUCGCAGCUUGCAAAACUGAGAAGCGUGCUUUUCUACACGGCUUGUCUCGAUCCCAAUUUUCCAGCCACUCUAUUCAAAGACAAGAUGAAAUGCACUGUGAAUAACCAGCAAUCAAAGAAAAUCAUGGUGGCAGCAGAUAUUGUGACGAUAUUUAAUCUGAUCCAAAUGAAUGGCGGGGCAGCCAAGGAGAAGCUGCCUACGGGUCGCCAGAAGGUGCGCAAGAAGGAGGCGUCCUUUGAAUCAUGCAGGUCGGAUACAGAGAUCUGCAAUGCAGCCGAGUGUGAGCCCCUGAACUGUGAGCUGAGUGAGAGGUCUUUCAGCCGGGGCUACCCCACCAGGCAGUCGUCCAAGUGCCGGAAGAUGGACUGCAAGGACUGCCCGCAGUUUGUCCCUGCCUCUGAGCCUAAUUUCCUGUUGGGAGUUAGCAAAGAGGUGAAAAACCGUGCUGCUUCCCUGGACAGGCUGCAGGCCCUGGCCCCGUACUCUGUGACCAGCCCUCAGCCCUGUGAGAUGCAGAGGACCUACUUCCCCAUGAACAUAGAAAAUGAGUCCAUUUCAGACCAGGACUCGCUGCCCAUCAACCAGAGCAUCAAGGAGACCUUCAUUUCCAAUGACGAGCCUUUUGUGGUUCAGUCCUGUGUCCAGAAAAGGAAUAUCUUUAAAGAGGAUUUUCACAAUUUGAUGGCGGUGUCCCCCAGUUUGGUUGGCCCCGUCAGCAAAGCAGAGAAUGAGCACGGGGAGCCCCAGAGCCGAAAGGAACCCCACAAGCCACCCUUCUUCAACCACAGCUUUGAAAUGCCCUAUAACAGCCAGUACCUGAAUCCGGUGUAUUCCCCGGUUCCUGACAAAAGGCGAGCAAAGCAUGAAAGCUUAGAUGACCUUCAAGCCUCUACGUAUUUUGGGCCCACUCCAGUGAUGGGAACCCAAGAAGCCAGGCGCUGUCCAGGGAGGCCCAACAAGCAGACUCCCUGGCCAGCCAAAAGCUGGAGCCUUAACACGGAGGAAGUUCCUGACUUUGAACGGUCCUUUUUCAAUAGAAAUCCCUCCGAGGAGAGGCUACGCUAUCCAAAUGCCAGUAGCCAGACUCCCAAUUUCCCAGCCCCAGACAGGCGCCCGACUUACCUCCCGCCAAAGGAUCAACAGCCAAUUCUCCCCAUUGCUUAUGCGGCAAAACCAAACGGGCUCAAAUCUAAAGAGAUCUCCUCCCCUGUUGACUUGGAGAAGCAUGAACCGGUCAAAAAGUUUAAAGACAAGAGCAUUAACUGCACCAGUGGGCAGCUCAGCUCAGAUACCAGUAGCGUGGGCACCCAGACUGAGCACGUGCUGGAGCCCAAGAAAUGCAGAGACCUGUGCACCUCCAGUCAGGGCAAGUACAGUGACAGGCACACCAUGAAGCACUCAGACGAUGACUCAGAAAUUGUCAGCGACGACAUCAGUGACAUUUUCCGAUUUCUUGAUGACAUGAGCAUCAGUGGCUCCACAGGAGUGAUACAGUCGUCCUGCUACAACAGCACAGGGUCCUUGUCUCAGCUCCAUAAGUCAGACUGCGAUAGUUCCCCCGAGCACAACUUAACCAAAAUUGCCAAUGGGGUCCACAACAGCAAGGGAGACAAGGGCAACCGGCCUGAAAACACCCACCAUUCGGAAGAAGAACUGAAGACCAGUGUGUGCAAACUGGUGCUCAGGAUCGGCGAAAUUGAACGGAAGCUGGAAUCCCUGUCGGGUGUCCGUGAGGAAAUCUCCCAGGUCUUGGGCAAACUAAAUAAAUUGGACCAGAAAAUGCAACAGCCUGAGAAGGUGAGUGUGCAGAUAGAUCUGAACUCCUUGACGAGCGAGGUUCCGUCUGAUGACAGUGCCUCUCCCCGGAUGUUCCGUGCACACAGUGGCUCCCAUGGACCAAAACUGGAGAACAACCCCGACUGGUGCUGCUCUGAUGCUAGCGGGAGCAACAGCGAGAGCCUGCGGGUCAAGGCCUUAAAAAAAAGCCUCUUCACCAGGCCAUCCUCUAGAUCCCUAACAGAGGAGAACAGUGCCACAGAGUCCAAAAUCGCCAGCAUCUCCAACUCGCCCAGAGACUGGCGCACCAUCACUUAUACCAACCGUGUGGGCCUCAAUGAGGAGGAGAUAAAAGACACAGGCCCAGGAGAUAAUAAAGACUGGCAUCGGAAAUCUAAAGAGGCAGACAGGCAAUACGACAUUCCCCCACAGCACCGACUGCCCAAGCAGCCCAAAGACGGCUUCCUGGUGGAGCAGGUGUUCAGCCCUCACCCCUACCCUGCCUCCCUCAAGGCCCACAUGAAGAGCAACCCACUGUACACAGACAUGCGGCUGACUGAGUUGGCCGAGGUGAAGAGGGGCCAACCUUCUUGGACCAUUGAGGAGUAUGCACGGAAUGCGAGUGACAAGGGCAAGCUGACAGCCCUGGACCUGCAGACGCAAGAAUCUUUAAACCCAAACAAUUUAGAGUACUGGAUGGAAGACAUUUAUACUCCAGGAUACGAUUCAUUACUAAAACGUAAAGAAGCCGAAUUCAGACGAGCCAAGGUCUGCAAGAUAGCUGCUCUGAUCGCUGCCGCGGCAUGCACCGUCAUCCUCGUUAUUGUCGUGCCCAUCUGCACAAUGAAAUCAUGAGCUAAGAAUGCAACCUUACGUACAGCUUAUGACUAUCGAUGUUGUCGUCUGUAUUUUAGAAUCUUGCAGCAGUGAGACAACAAUUUAUUGAAACAGAGAUGAAAUCAUGGAGGCAUUUCUACAAAUAUUGAAUGAAGGUGGUUUUCAGAAACUAUACUAAUUCUAGUGAGAAAUCUACCUACCUGUUAGGUUUGACUCAAUUACACUCUGAUGCAUUUUUAGAAGUGCAAUAUCUUUUCCUACCAAAAGAACAUAAUGGACUAUCAAUAAAUACAAAUUGAAUAUUCCAACCAAAAAAAAAGGAAGAUUAAUUGGGUUCUUUCCAUUUUGAUGAUGUUUCAUGGUGGGGAAUAAGUUAUACAGAAGAUAUUUAAUACAUGCCUCUUUAGAAGAAACUAAGGGAAGUAGCAACAUAAGAAGAAAAGAGGGUGGGUUCUCUUUUCCAUAAAGUUCUUAGACUAUUGCUGGUGAAGUAAUAGGGUGUGCAUCCCUAAAGGGUAUUACUUCUCUGUCGACUUUUAUCAAGGGCUACUGAUGUUUCAUUCUUGCCCUUUUGUCAUGAACAAGACAGAAUGUCUGCAUCACUGCAGAUCUUCAUGGAAACAUUCUGGACCUUCUUCCUUGCACUUGGAGUAAGAAGGAGCUGGACUACCAAGUCAGGCGUGGAAUGAAGUAUGCUCAGACUGCAUGAUGGGCCAAGGUAUUCAGGCCAGGAGACCUUCCCAUCCUCAAUCCAAAGUGUAGGGGAGCUGCUUGCUAAUGAUGUAAGGUCAGUAUUUGAAAAUCAUGGCCAUUCCAAAGGAUCUCCUGUUCUUGCUUUGGUGUGUGGCUCUAUUCCUUGAUUUUCUAUCUCCUGGUGGUACCAGAUGCUCUGCCUCUCAUACAUGAGUUGAAGAGUUUGGAACUUGUCCUUGUGCCUUGAAGAGUAGAGACAAUGGCUAAACAUUGACAUUCUAUCUGUAAACGAUGGUUUUCAUGCACUACUAAUAUCUGCCAUUUUCAAUGGCUUUAAAAAGAUUUUGAAAGCUUGUUCAAUAAUAAUAAUAAAGGCACCGAGGUCUUCUCAGUUACCCCAACACCUACUCCAGAGUUUUGAAUACUUGUCAGCAGUGCAAAAAAUAUCUAUUUAACCACUUAUCUAUAUGUCUAUCUAAAUACCUGAUUUUCAUUUAUUGUCUUCUCUGUUAAAUAACCUGAGAGCAAGGUUUCUUUAGUGUAAAAGAAGCUGUUGUAAUUUCAUCCAAAUUUGAUCUGUCUCCACCUGCUGAAUGGUGCUUUGCCAAUAAUGGAACAGAAAGAAUCCCUAUCAGCAUCUGAUUCCAGUGUGUUGUUACAGGUUAAAGAAAAAAAGGAUUGACAGAAACUAGCUACCUUAUAUAUAUAUUUUUGAUAACAAGGUGGGAUAUAAACAGAUUUUGGUAGCAAGUGUAAUCACUCUGUACGAUAUAAUACAUUUCUAAAAGAGAGAUUUGAAGCAUCUCAAGUUUUAAAGCAAUAGGAGUCUAGCAUCCAUUCUGAAAAAUCCCAAAUAAUGCUUAGCUUGCUGUGUCUAAUUCUGUUGUUCACCAUUAAGGGGUAGACAGUUAAUUUUAUUAUGUUAACAAGUGAGGGAUGAAUGUUUUCAUCUGUAGUAAACCUUUAUUUUUAGAAAUCUUCAUGUUAUCUAUUUGUAUUAUCAUGUUUAUGUAUGGAUUUUCAAUUUCAGUGACUGAAAACUUAAGCCUUAGUAUGAAAAACUGAGGAUUUAUAAUUGAAAAUAAAAAAAUAUGUAUAUGUUACUAUCUGUCAUCAGAAUUAUACUCUUUGGUGCUCUGUUUUCAAUGGGGCAUAUUACAUAAGGUUGUUUCUUUCACCCCAAAGAGACUGCUAGGUUACCACUCUGGGCAUUGCCUUUCUACCUAACCCCUCAACCAGUAAGACUCUGUACCACAUUCUAGCCCCACUAGUCUCCUCUUUAUCGCAGAUUAAGUGUCAGAGCAUCAGAGAUAGUAGCUCCCAACCUCUUGCUCUGGAUUUGCAGAAGAAUGGAGAUGUACUUACCCAGAAUAAGAAAAAUCUAGUCAAAUCCACCCCAAAUCUUCCAUUUGACAGGUAGGACCAUAGAGGCUGGACCAAACCACUUUUUCCACUGCCCUUGGCUGAGUCUAUUCCUAGUGGACCCCAUCUGGGCAUAUCCCUAGCUACCUUGGGAGGGCAUGACUAUAAGUCACACCUCAGGCUUGAAAAUGAAAGGAUUCUGUAGAAUAUUCUUCUAUACUUUCCAUAGCUGGAGAGGUAGUCAGAGAAAUUCAGUCUUGCUCUGAGUCCAGAGUAGCUUUAAGGAGCUUUAAAAUUCAACUCAACAUUGUUGUUGAAUAAUGGCAACAUCUAGACCUGGUAAUAAUCCAGGAAAUUGGACAAUGGAGGCCAAAAGUAAGGUGGGUUUCUCUGCAAAGGGGUCAUCCUCAGCCUGAUAAUACCAAAUCUGAUGUUGAGGUUAUGAAUCAUUACCAUGGCUUGGAGCUACUGGAUGCUUGGGGUCUUGGGAUAGAUAGAAGGUAAAGUUCACAGUUGGAGCCUUUCUUGCCAUUGACCCCAAGCUCACCCCAGCCUUCCUUCCCUGACCCUGAGACUCACCCUAUCUCCUCUAUUCCCUCAGUUUGCAGACUGAGCAAGACAGAGUUUGGCUAGGAGGGAAACAUCUAUCCAUCCCUCUAAUCUUUGCCCAUCACCUCCUGUUACAAUGAGCUCCCCAGAGGUGACAUACGGAUGGGCCUCUCUACUGUACUGGGUGCCAUCUCCCACCAUACUCUGGCAUUUUUAUAUAAAGGGCAGUUUCUUGUACCUGAGUCUAAAAUUACAUUAUCAAAAUUCACUUCAUUUUUCCUGCAUUUUAAAAGUAAUAAAAUGUUAUUAUUUAAGAGAUUAGUUUGAAAUUAAAUAUCCUUAAUCAAUGAUUAAAUUUGUAAUCAUUUCAUCUUCUAAUCUGAAUUUGUUUUGAACACAGCCUUGCAGAAAAGCAAAAAAUAUUUUCCCGCUCAUAUUUUUCAGAAAUUUUAUACCAGUAUCCCCUUCAUUAAACUGCAAAUACAGUAAGGUAAAUCAUACUUACAUCAUCCAUUACUAGCUGAUCAUAAAUUGUUAGUAUUUUAAGGCAUGCAACUAUGUGAUUGAUAGCUGCAAGGCUAGUUUAAUAGACGUGCUAAAUAUCACUGUUCUGAAUAUCUGUGCCAUAGUUCUGAUACCCUUAUUGGAAUCAAGGCAGUGCUGUUUUUGUUUACAAGUUAUCAAGAUAAGAGCAGUGGCAUCACAUUUGUUGGUUCUUUUUCUUAAUAGAAAAAACAAAACAGAAGAAGCUCUGCCAACAGUAAAAGAUUCUGUUAAGUGGUAUAAAAGUUUGUGAAUGUUGAAAUUCAACAUGCUUCAUAUUAUAACCAACCUGCAAGAAUAUUGUGGUCAAUUGUGUGAAUACCAAAUCAGUAUAUACUGUAUAUUGUACUAUGAAAAUUUGUAUUUAAAGGUAAAGAUACGAAUAAUUGUUCAUAUAAUUGGGGAAAAGGGUAUUCAAUAUUUAUUAAGUAACAAUGAGAAAUGCAACGAACUUCCUUAUUUAUGCCUUAUGAAUAAAAGAGUGUGGAAUGUAAGGUGAAAUUUUAUGUGCAAGAUCCUGAAGGAAUGGGUAUUCUUGAAGGCAGGGACUGUGUCUUUUCUAUGUUUGUUCUGUACAGCUCUCAGCACACUCUUGGUGCUUGAUAAAUGUUAUAUAAUACCAAUAACUAAGCACAUUUUUAGAUCUUUUUUCAAAUGGCUUGUGUAAAAUUUGGUUAAUGUACAAUGGUUGGUUUGAAGCUAUCAUGUAAAAUUGGCCUCUACAUAUAUAAUCAAAAAUAAACUGAAGAAAAUAUAAAA